ACGAAAAGAAGGCAUAAUUUGAGCGUUGCUCGAGUACAAGAUUACAAAAAUCAUCACGCGUUUGUGAUCACCGAGAUGUCAACGUUUAAAAAAUUCAGAGGAAGAUCAUCUAAAGUUAGGAGAAAGAUAGACGGUAACGAAGACGAAGAAGAGAAGCGAAUCAUCCCGGCAGGUCCAAACCCCUUGCACAACAGUGGCACGAGGAAAUUUCGUCCUACGGUCCUACCUUCAAGACAAGAUUAAAAGACCACAUUGGAUCGUUGACGUAGGAAUAGACUUUGAAAUUUUGUUCAUGUAUACGUGGGUCAGUGCUAUAAGCUAGAACUUAAACAAAACGAAUUUUUAAAAUAAUAAACUCUUUCCGGCAAGGUCUAUGACCGUUGGGAGAUGAUUUCAAAAAGGAUGGAGGAAAUGUGGAGACGAUUUCCGGCAAGGUCUAUGACUGUUAGUUGCCUUUUUUAAUCUUUCAAAUCUUUCCCUUGUCUUUAUUGGAACCAUUUAUCGGCCCUUUUGUCACAGUGUUUUAUUUUGGAAAUUAUAUUUUAUUCCUUUUCUUCUCAGCUCCAUCUCACAUGUUUCCUUCUCUGGUCUAGAGUUUUAUUUCAUGUUUCCCCUUUCUUCUCAAAAUUCUCUGUUUCUUUCCUAAACUAAUGAUUUCUCAGAAAUUCGUGGCCGAAUUUUGCCUUAUUAAUGGCAAAUUUGCUUCAAUCACGGUAGAUCUACUGCCAAAGAAUUUUUUCCUCCACCACGGUUCUACCCUGAAUUCAUCUCCGACGACUGCGAACAUGGCUGACCUCCUCCACAAAGCGAUAAGAGCUAUGUCCAUUGGUGAUGAUGAAGAGCCCCUUACCCUACCUGAUGAACCCCGUUUCCGUGUUAUUGAUGAGAAUGAAACUAGUAUCCUUGGCCGCUUGCUGAACCCCGAAUGUCAGUCCAUGGCUCGAAUGAUAGACUAUAUGCCUACAGCGUGGCGUGUUUACGGUCGUGUUCGAGGGAUUGCUCUCUCGAAAGACAGGUUCCAGUUUGUUUUCCAGCGAGAGGAAGAUCUACAGACGGUCCUCAAAGAUAGACCCUGGUCUUAUAAUCAUUGGGCUAUGGCUUUGGAGAGAUGGACAGCUAACCCUCCUGAUGACUUCCUCAAAACGAUGGAUCUGUGGAUUCGGAUUAGGCAUAUCCCAGUGGAGUUCUUCACUACUGAUACUAUGUACCGCCUGGCGUCAGAGGUUGGAAAAGUUGAUGUUAUUGCUUACGAUCCUAAGGUUUCCCAGACUAAGGACUACAUCAGAGCCAAAGUUUGCUUCAACCUGGAUAACCCGGCCAAGGCAUUCAGAAGAUUGAACCUCAAGUCUGGUGGGACGGUGACCAUUGAAUUUGAAUAUGAAAAGAUUCAUAAGAGAUGUUUUCACUGUCUGCGCCUUACCCAUGAAAAGAUCAGAUGCCCACUUUUGCGUAGAGGUGGUGUGAAGGAGAAACAAGUAUCUAAUGACCGAGAGGCAUUGCCUGAGCCUCGUCCUAAUCUUCCCAUUGUGAGAGCUUCACUACUGGAUGAGGGCCCGCCUGGUUUUCCUCCCAUGUUUCCGGAGCUUUCAAAGCAAGACCAAAAAAUGGCUAUGUUGUAUAUCUCACAUGCUGAUGAGACAGAACGCAGAGCUAGAAUCGAAAGAGUCAAGCAAGGUAUUGCUGAUAGUGCUGCUGAAGCUUCGGUCCGUAUCACUCGGAUUACCAAUGAGCUAGACAAAGGAAAAGGCCACGUUUUCUCUUAUCAAGACGAUACACUGGUCUCUAAAAAACAGAGACCCCUCUUACUUGGAGCUUACUCAGAAGGUUAUGUUCAAUCUCUGGAGGAAGGUGAGGCUGAUUCUUCGGCUACAAAUGGCUCCUUUACGUCUGCUCCCACUGCGGUUCUGUCGGGUUUUCAGCUUGGCCCUUCCUCGGGAGGGCGAGUCUCCGGGAACCAAAAUGCCAGCAAGACCCAAAGGAAGAGGCCUCCGUCCUGGAAGAGGAAACCCAAUACCAGUCGUGCCCAGGCUUCUUAUCCUGCUCCUUCUCAGCACCUGAACAAGGCAAAGAGAAAGUCUUCUCCCCCUCCACAGACAGCGUCCGAGAACAAAUCUGCAAAGCUUACAGACCCUACGGUGGCUUCCGUAUUGAAGCCGCUGCUCCCCCAAUGAGCAUUUGGUGUUGGAACUGUCAAGG